GUGUAUUUUAGUUACUGAUAAAAUAAAAUCGAACAAAUGAUUUGUAUAUAUAAAGUGGUGUGAUUAGUUGAUAAGACUAAAAAGACAAAAAAUAGGGUAGCCAAACGAGUGAAGCAACUUUAGGUUUCACGACAAUCAUAUGGCUCUACGUUUUGUGGUGAAGAAGGCUGGCGCCGCUCGUUGGUGUAAAAACUCGAUAUUUCCUCCAUCUUUUAGGGCAACAACUUCAUGCAUCACUACCAGUCGCCAUGAAGAUUCCGGCGCGAUGAUGGCGAUUCGGCGGCAUCGCUGUAACUGCUGCACGGAUCCUCCUUCGAAAACCGUCGACCUUACCACGAAAAAUUACGAUCCUCUGCUCUUCACCCUCCCCGCGUUCGAGAAGUACUUCAAUCAGCUCAAGGCUACUCUCGGGUUCGGAAUCGAUGUGGAUCUGGGUGACUACCCGAAAGUAAUCCGACCUUUCCAUGGACCCUUAGAUUCUCCUGAGCUCACUACCCGUGCCCGUUUUGCUGUUCAUCAACACAACAUCUCAGACCAGAACGGUGCAGCCGUCCGGUUCGAGAAGGUGGUGAAAGCAAACAGAUUGGGUGACCAGAAAUACUUUCUGAUUUUCCAUGGCUUUGAUGAGUCUCAGAAGAAGAAGAAAAGAUACAGAGCUUUAGUAGAAGGUGAUCAAGAAACCAAUUUCCAGCUCAAAAGAUUCGAUCUUUACGGGGAUGCUGAUGAACCACUCGUUCUUUACCACACGCGGGUGAACUACUUGAACGGUUUUAUAGUUAUUGAAAACCCCAGUGAUGAUUUAAUAAGUAAAUAUCGAAGAGUGGAGCACAUAUUCCCUAAAGAUUACUUCAAGUAUUGCAAACAAGUUAGAGCAAGUCAGGGGUUCGAUGUUGAUGAUAAUCUGGACCUGGGUGACCUUGAAGGAAGCAUAUUUCCAAUGGAUGCAUCACGAAUUGGUGAUCCUGAAAUCAUAGAGUGUGCCCAGUAUUCUGUGAAGGAGUAUAACAGGCACCAGAAGGCAGGGCUGCAACUUGUGAGCGUGGAAAAGGGCACUCAUCAGCUUUGGGAUGUCGAUUUUAUGUACUACCUAACCUGUGAGGUAGAUGGUGGUGGGCAGAGAAAAACGUUGCUUGCUCAAGUUUUUUAUAGAGGGCUGGAAGGAGUGAAAAAGGUGACACUAAUGGAGUAUAGGCUUGUUGACAAGAACGGUGCCGUGAUUAAUCAUUUCAAACGAAUGCGUCAGGGUCCAAAUCUGUCAUGGUGCAAGGCCAAAGAUCAAAUAUGGAAAGUUCCGGAAAUAGGACUAAAGCAGUUUGAAAAUUCCAAAAUAUGAUUGUCAUAUUUUUUAUUCUCAAAAUAGGAGUAAUUACUGCCAAGUUUGAAAAAUACUGUCAUGUUUUGGUAGUACCAGACUUCAAACACAAAUUUUGUAAAUACUGUCAUGUUUGAAGUCUGGUACUACCAAAACAUGACAGUAAUUAAUCAUAUUUUGUAAAUAAAAACGUCGCAGUCUUAUUUUGGAAUUUUCAAACAUUUUUUUUCCUAUUUCGAGUAAUAUUCUCAAGAUCAAAUAGUGCUUUCUUUCUCUUCCAAUUAGUCAAUGAAUUGAACCUUUUAGAGAUGGCAACGGAUGAGUUUGGGCCUUUGGGGCAAAGGUUCACUUCUUUGUCCUCGUCCCACGUCUAAAAUGUUCUUCAUCCCCUCUACUCCCAGACCCGGCCCGUCCAUGCUCCACCCCGUUGUCCCCCACGAGUGCCCCCCAUAUAGAUUUUAUUUAUCUUAUUUGCAUAUUUUUAGUCCAUUUUAUAGAUAAAUAUAAAUAUAUACUCCGUAUACACUAAAAGUGGUAAACUAAAUAAUAUUGUAUUUGAUAAAAG